UCCUCAACUCGACUUCGCCACGCUCAAGUGCUUCCCUGUUGAAUCGCAUCGCAGUUUUCACUUUCCUGGCAGGCUUCGGACACAACCCAACCUUUGCGCAUUGAAGUCCCAACCCAGCCGUCGCCAUGGCUGUGGCAAUCAACGACCGCACAGCGGAAUUCCGACACAUCGUCACUGCAGCGAAACGGAAGCAGGCGGCAAAGCCCGGCUCGCAACGACUCCUAAACGACGCGCAAAAGAGUGCUGCCAGUGCCAAUGGACAACCACGGCGAUCAGAGUUUGCGCGAAACGCGGCCGAGAUUGGGAGGGGCAUCUCGGCUACAAUGGGGAAACUCGAGAAACUGGCGCAGUUGGCCAAAAAGCGAUCACUCUUUGACGACAACCCGGUGGAGGUCAAUGAAUUGACAUUCAUUAUUAAACAAGACUUGUCCCGUUUGAACGAAGAAAUUCGAAAUCUCCAAGCACUGUCGAAGCGGCUACAUCCUAAGCCGGAUCAAGAAGGAGAAAACAACAAGAACAUACUGCUGCUUUUACAAGGAAAGCUUGGGGAUGUCAGCGCCAACUUCAAGGAUGUCCUUGAGAUCAGGACAAAGAAUAUCCAGGCCUCUAGGUCACGAACUGAGGCUUUCGUUUCGAACGUGGGACAGCACGCCCACGCAUCCUUACCGCAGUCUGCGUCGCCGCUCUACAGCACUCCGAAUAGGGGGACUCCUUCGCCAGGGGCCGAUCUUAUCUCGCUCAAUCCAAUGGGAAACCAACAGUUGCAGCUGCAGAUGAUGGAGGAGGGCCAGAACACGUACAUCCAGCAACGAGAGCAGGCGAUUGGGGCAAUCGAGUCCACCAUCAACGAACUCGGGUCAAUUUUUGGACAACUCGCCGCCAUGGUCAGCGAACAGACCGAGAUGAUCCAGCGAAUCGACGCAAAUACAGAGGAUGUCGUGGACAAUGUCGAAGGCGCCCAAAAAGAGCUUCUUCGCUACUGGUCUCGCGUUUCCGGGAACAGGUGGCUCAUAGCCAAAAUGUUUGGCGUUCUGAUGGUAUUCUUCCUGCUCUGGGUGUUGAUCGCCGGGUAGAUAAUCCUUUGUCGCAGUAUUCUCUUCUUUGUAUCACCCUUUUUGCUCCUUAUCACUUUGCGACGGCCUCAUGUUAGACAACCGCAUGGGUCGGUAUACACUAGUAAUAGGGCAUCGAACAGCGCAUCGCAUCGAGCCAGCUAGACGAAGGCGUUCAGGUAUUGCUGUUGAAGGUCAGCGGGCUGUUUAAUUCUCACUUUCCCUUUGCUGUGGAGUUUCAGUUCUGUCAAGACUCCAAGAGAUGUGUUGCACAGAUCUCAACAAUCUCCAGGAAUCUUAAACAGUGUACAGUACAUACUUUGUACCUCUGUACCUUGGACUGUUGGAUCUAAUCGGCCUUGGCGAUUCUCGAAGCCGAAGCAAAUUUUCCACCUAUUGCAUGUCUCAAGACAUGCAGGGGUACUUCGUAGAGACAGCAACCAUUGAACCAGCACUCCUGGACUACUCCUGAACCGGGGAAGCCCACAAUCGCGGG